GGCAGCCUGGCAGCUUCCCUGAGCAGCGCUCCUGCGUGUCCUGCUGCAGCCUCCGGCACCCCCGAGCUCCUCUCCGCAGCUUCCUCCGCCGAAACAGCUCCGGGGAGAUUUUUUUCUGCGAUCGGGACAGGCGGGUGCUCUUGUGGCAGAGAGCGGCAGAGAGCGGCGGGCAGAGGCAGCUGGCUCCCUCCCGGGGAAGGCAGGCAGGGAGCGGGGGCCCGGGGCCGGAGGAUGCUCGCCGCGGUCCCCGGCCGCGGGGAUGCGGGGUUGCUAGGCGGCAGGUGAAGGUGAAGGUGAAGGUGAGGAGAGCGCUGCGGAGGACCGCAGGCCCAGAUCCGCAUGUCAGACCAUCACCACCCCAGCGAUGGGGAGUCAGACCCCCAGCACGGCAUUACUGUGGUCUUCCUCCUUGUCCUUGUCUUCUUCAUCAUGGGGCUGGUGGGGUUCCUGAUCUGCCAUGUCCUGAAGAAGAAGGGUUACCGGUGCCGGACCUUCCGGGACGAUCUUGACCCAGAUGACAAAGACGAGGUGGAGGAGCUCCAGGAUGAUGAGGCCGAGAAGAAUGACGACACUGUGGAGAAGAUCGUGAAGAUCAUCAUCCAAAAUGAAGCAAAUGUGGAGGCCCUCAAGGAGAUGUUGGGGGAAAAUGAAGAGAUGCCAGUGCCAGUGCCCAGCCUUUGUCCCCACAGUAGCAGCCAGGACGGGGGCCCACCACAUCACCACACGGUGCACCUGGGCUCCACGCAGGCCCCCUGCAUCCACUGCAGCAGGAGGAAGAGGCACCCGCUGCAGCGCCAGGGGCGCUCCAAGGAGGGCAAAAGCAGGAUGCAUCCCGGAGAGACCACCGUCUUCUCAGUGGGCAGUUACCGGCUGGGCUCUCUCCGGUAA